AGAGAUCGAAUUGGCGGGAACGAUCGCUUCCCACUCUCUCUCUCUUCGUUGUAUAUAUAUAUAAGCUCUGCGAUUCUUGAAAGGCUUCAUUUCAAGUGUGUUGUGAGUUUUAAAGGUACUAUCGCAGCUGGGUUGGAAAUGGCGAAGAGGAAGAAAGGUAAGGUUGCGGAGGAGCGUGAGUCGGAAGGAGAAGAAGAUCAAGAGAUGGAGCACGAGGAUCAAGCUCCAUCUUCCUCUGCUAACAAAACCCUCUAUGAGGUUCUUGGUGUGGAGAAUUCAGCUUCUCAGCAGGAAAUAAAGAAAGCAUAUUACAAGUUGGCAUUGCGACUACAUCCUGAUAAAAAUCCUGGCGAUGAGGAGGCAAAAGAAAAAUUUCAGCAUUUGCAGAAAGUAAUGGCCAUUCUUGGGGAUGAGGAAAAGCGAGCAAUCUAUGAUCAGACUGGUUGUGUAGAUGAUGCUGACCUUGCGGGGGAUGCUGUUCAGAAUCUGCAUGAAUUUUUCAGAACCAUGUAUAAAAAGGUCACUGAAGCAGAUAUAGAGGAAUUUGAAGCAAACUAUAGAGGAUCUGAUUCAGAGAAGAAAGAUUUGAUUGAUCUUUACAAUCAGUUUAAGGGAAAUAUGACUAGGCUCUUUUCUUCAAUGCUAUGUUCGGAUCCAAAGCUUGAUUCACACAGAUUCAAGGAUAUUAUUGAUGAGACAAUUGCUGCAGGCGAACUGAAAUCAACUAAAGCAUAUCGAAAAUGGGCAAAGAAAGUAUCUGAAACAAAGCCUCCAACCAGUCCUUUAAGAAGGAACAGCAAAUCAAAUAAACAGUCAGAGUCAGAUCUGUAUGCACUUAUAUCUCAGCGCCGAGAUGAAAGGAAAGGCCGUUUUGAUUCCAUGUUCUCCUCUCUGGUGUCUAAAUACGGCGGGGAUGGUCCUUCUUCAGAACCUAGUGAGCAAGAAUUCGAGGCUGCACAAAAGAAGGUCGAAAGCCGCAGGGUCUCUCAGAAAUCAAAGCGGAAGUCUUGAUUGUCAUCUAAUGGAGGUCUUGGUCCGUUUAUGUAUAAAUAUUGUUUCUGUGAACACAACUCUGCCAAUGCUUGUUUGGAAUUAUAUUCACAUUUGAGUGCUAAGUGUGUGCACUACUUGCCAUCUUGAUUCAAGAUUUUCUAUGCAUUUUUCUCAUGCUAGAGUAGAGGAAGGAACAUAAUCUGACAUGUCUUGAAAAUCUUUGUUGGUGGAAUGUGCUUUUACCAAUUAGACAAUAUAAAUUAUGGUAUAAUUUUCUAACUAAUGAUACAAGUUUUAGCA